AUGCUGUGGCCACUCUUUUUCCUGGUGACCGCUAUUCAUGCUGAACUCUGUCAUCCAGAUGCAGAAAAUGCCUUUAAAGUAAGACUUAGCAUCAGAAGCGCUCUUGGAGAUAAAGCAUAUGUCUGGGACACAGAUGAAGAAUAUCUCUUCAGAGCAAUGGUGGCAUUCUCCAUGAGAAAAGUUCCCAACAGAGAAACAACAGAAAUUUCCCAUGUCCUGCUUUGCAACGUAACCCAGAGGGUAUCAUUCUGGUUUGUUGUCACAGACCCUUCCAAAAAUCGUACUCUUCCUGCAGCUGAAGUACAGUCAGCCAUAAGAAUGAAUAGGAACCGGAUCAAUAGCGCCUUCUUUUUGGAUGAUCAUACUCUGGAAUUUUUAAAAAUCCCCUCCACUCUUGCACCCCCCACGGAUCCGUCUGUGCCCGUCUGGAUUAUUGUAUUUGGUGUGAUAUUUUGCAUUGUCAUAGUGGCAAUCGCACUACUGGUCCUAUCAGGAAUACGGCAACGACGAAGGAAAAACAAAGGACCGCCUGGAGUGGAUGAUGCAGAAGACAAGUGCGAAAACAUAAUCACAAUUGAAAACGGCAUCCCCUGUGAUCCUUUGGACACAAAGGAAGGGCACAUUAAUGAUGGCUUCUCGACAGAGGAUGAGCGCCUCACACCUCUCUGAGAGUGAUAGUUGCUUGGCACACUUAUUUGGUUUCACCACUCUUUUUUUUUGUAAGAAAUUUUUAAUAUGCUUGAAUAUGGUAGACAACGAAUUAUACCCACAAAGACCACUGAUAUCAUAAGGUGUUGAGUUCUCAAAAUAUUCUAGAACUUUUCCCUGAUAACUGAGUGUGAAAGUGUAGUCAUAUAUGUUUGCAGUUAGUGAUUUGAGCAUUUCUAAAAAUAAAGUCAGGGCUAUAAAUACAUUUCACAGUUUGAAGACCUAAGAAAAAAAUCAGUUUUUCCAGUAGAGAAUAGCUCUAAUAUAAUAACAGCCUAGAAAUAAUUGAAAAUGGGUCUUUUUUGAAUAUUGUUUAUAUUACUCUGCAUAUGAUGAAGUGAGAAAAAGUAAACAUGGA